UUUAUGCACUAAUAAAAAGUCAAUAUCUCUCUCCCUUUUCUUGAGAUAUAAGAGCAUAAAUGUAUGCUAUAAAGCAGAUCUGAAAUGAAUAAUAUUCCAUCGAGUUCAAACUCUCAUUUGAAAGCAAAAAGCAGUUUGUGAAAUAGUCGUGGAUUCCCUAAAGCUGAGACUAUAUCGACUACAAGGCUUACUUUUCCCUUAGGGUACAAUAAGACCUACAUACUACCAAAAAUUUAUUUUGAAAUCGAUUAGAGCAAAAGUCUCAGAAUACCAAAUAUGAACCUUCGUAAGUUGACAAUAUUUGAACAAUGUUGAGAAUGUUUCGAAAGCGUGAAAAAGUCAAAAUUUCCCUUGUCAAUAUUUUCCCAAGACAUGUGAUUACGAAUCUUAGAUUCCUGGCUUGCAAAUUAGUUGCUCUAGCCUUCCAUUAAGCUUUCUUGAGGGAAGGCUACGUAUCAGGAUCAAUCAUUUAACAAAAGAUGGUUAAUAAAGUUCUGCUUAC